UUACAAUUGAGUAAUAAUAAUAAUAAUAAUAAUAAUAAUAAGAAUUGAGGCCGAAGUGAACCGACAUGUGCACUUUAUCGCAGGUAAUCCCAACCCGGAUGUGUGUGUGAAAUUAACCGGAAUUGAUAAACCGAUGGUACGUCCGGUAGUUUGGUAGCUCUUCCGGCUGCUUCUUGGGUCAAAAGAACUCAUUUUCCUGCUAUUGUGUGUGAGAGAAGGCGGCGGCGGAAUUGCGAAUUCAUCGAUGUUGAUUAACCAAGUUGCAUGAGAAUUGAGAACUCGGCAUCAAAUUCAGUUUUGGUCCUUUUGCUGAUUCUUCUGAAGUCUGUUGCUGUAGAAUAGUUGUUGGGGUUUAAGAGGAUGGACCUGGUGGCUAGUUGCAAGUUUACUGUUGUAUUGGUUAUGUCUGAUAUGGUAAUAGUUUCAAUGAUUGAUCGUCUCUUGGACGUUAUGUGUGCCGCAUUUUAUUUUGACUUGCAGGACAAAUUAGCAUAUUUUCGAAUAAAGGAGCUCAAAGAUGUCCUUACUCAGCUAGGUCUUUCAAAGCAGGGAAAGAAACAGGAUCUUGUUGAUCGAAUAUUGGCCGUUCUCUCUGAUGAGCAAGUUUCGGGGAUGUGGGCAAAGAAAAAUGCUGUUGGAAAGGAGGGAGUGGCAAAGCUAGUUGAUGACACUUACAGAAAAAUGCAGGUUUCUGGGGCGGCUGACUUAGCCUCAAAAUCGCAAGCCAUUUCUGAUAGUCCAAGCAUAAAACAUAAAGAGGAAGCUGAAGAUUCUUAUCAGAUGGAAAAGAUUCGAUGUGUUUGUGGAAGCACUUUGGCAACUGAUUCAAUGAUCAAGUGUGAAGAUCCUAGGUGUAAUGUUUGGCAGCAUAUGGCAUGUGUGCUGAUUCCUGAGAAACCCGUGGAGGGUGUCUUACCAAACCCACCAGAUAUCUUUUACUGUGAAAUUUGCAGACUAAGUCGUGCUGACCCCUUUUUGGUGACAGUUGCACACCCCCUUAAUCCUGUUAAGUUGAAUAUCACUAAUGUUCCUGCGGACGGCUCAAGUCCUAGUCAGAGCAUUGAGAAAACAUUUCAACUCACGCGUGCGGAUAGGGACUUAUUGUCAAAACAGGAAUUUGAUGUUCAGGCAUGGUGCAUGCUUCUUAAUGACAAGGUGAUGUUCAGGAUGCAGUGGCCACAAUAUGCUGAUCUACAGAUUAAUGGUGUACCUGUGAGGGCGAUAAACAGACCUGGUUCUCAGUUGUUAGGAGCUAAUGGACGGGAUGAUGGCCCUGUUAUUACACCGUGCACCAGAGAUGGAAUUAAUAAGAUCUUCUUAGGGGGAUGUGAUGCUCGCGUUUUCUGCGUGGGAGUUAGAAUUGUCAAGAGGCGCACUUUGAAGCAGGUUCUUAACAUUAUUCCGAAAGAGUCGGAAGGAGAGCUCUUUGAGGAUGCACUGGCUCGUGUUCGUAGGUGUGUUGGUGGUGGGGCUCCAACAGAAAAUGCUGAUAGUGAUAGUGAUAUUGAAGUUGUUGCUGAUUUUAUUCCUGUUAAUCUUCGUUGUCCGAUGAGUGGUCUAAGAAUGAAGGUGGCUGGAAGAUUUAAACCUUGUGCACAUAUGGGCUGUUUUGAUCUUGAAGUGUUUGUGGAAAUGAACCAACGCUCUAGGAAGGCAAGUCCAUUGUUCCCUCAUCCCUUUUCUUUUAGCCCCCUCAUUUUCACUUUUGGGUGGCAAUGCCCCAUUUGUCUAAAGAACUACUCUUUGGAGAAAAUCAUCAUCGAUCCAUAUUUCAAUCGAAUCACAUCCAAGCUGCAAAAAUGUGGGGAAGACGUGGCUGAAAUCGAGGUCAAGCCCGACGGCUCCUGGCGCGCCAAGGCAGAGGGUGGGGAUCGAAGGGCUCUUGGAGAGCUCGGGCUAUGGCAUUCGCCUGACGGUAGCAUCUGUGCAUCCAUGGAAGCUGAAUCCAAACCCAAACCCGAACUCAAACCCGUCAAACAGGAAGUGGGCUCCGAUAGCAAUCCCGGACUAAGAUUAGGAAUGAGAAAAAACCAAAAUGGCCGCUGGGUUAUCUCGCCUGCCAAUAAAACCCACGAGAAUUUCCAAAACAGCCCCAACGUAAUUCCCAUGAGCAGCAGCGCCACUGGCAGCGGCCGCGAGUGCGAAGACGCCAGCGUGAACCAGGAUGGUGGGCCCACCACCCUCGAUUUCUCCACGGUCAACGGGGUCGAGUACGAAUCGAUCUCGAUGAUCAACGCGGCAGAAGCCAAUGGGUUCGUGCCAGCUGGCGAUGCGGCGGGGGAUAUAAUCGUCCUCAGCGAUUCAGAUGAAGAAGAAAUCGAGCCGCAGACAUCUUCCGGAGCCGCCGUCGUUUACAAGAAUAGUUCCGGACCAGAUGUCGGAGGGCCCCAGUUCCCGAGCGUUGUGCAGAAUCAAAUUCCCGACCCUUACUAUGAAAAUCCAGCUCUCGGCAACAUGGGGAACUCUUGUCUCGGCCUUUUCAAUGUGAACGAGGAUGAUUUUGGAAUGAACACGUGGUCAUUGCCUUCUGGAAAUCAGGGGGGUGCUGCCGGGUUUCAGCUGUUUGGAUCUGAUGUGGACGUGAGUGAUGCCUUGGUCGACAUGCAGCAGCACCAAGGGCCUCUUAACUGCUCGUCUUCUUCAAUGAAUGGUUACACUAUGACUGCCGAGACUGCUGCCAUGGGAUCUGCUGCGCUCGUCCCUGAGUCCACCAGUGGGCCCGGUCAGCGUUCUAACGUGAACGAUGGGUUGAUCGAUAAUCCGCUGGCAUUUGGGGGAAAUGACCCUUCGCUUCAGAUAUUUCUCCCGACAAGGCCUUCGGGCAUGCAAUUGAACUUGAGAGAUGCAGAUGUUCCAAACAGUGGUGCUGGUGGUGUUGGCACGGAGGAUUGGAUUUCUCUGAGGCUUGGGGAUGGUGUUGGGGGUCGUCAAGGUGAAACUGGUCCUGGGGCUCGCGUGGGUUCCGGGCAGCAAGUGCAGUCGGGUGAUGGUGGCUUGGGUACACUGGCAGACGGUGCAUCAUUGUUACUUGGAAUGAAUGGGAAUAGGUCUGGUAAGGCAACUAGGGAAGGAUCAGAUAGUCCUUUCAAUUUUCCUCGCCAACGGCGUUCUGUAAGACCAAGGUUAUAUCUUUCUAUUGAUUCAGAGUCGGAGUAAAACUGUUUGGGACUCUGUCUAUAGUAAGUAAUUAUCUUCCCAUUUGAAGAAGACAGUUUUCAAGAAGAAUCAGUUCCUGAUUUUGAUGCCUGGAUAAAUACCAACUGAAGAAACAUGCAUUUUGGAAGUAACUUUUGGUCGUUGAACUCUUCCUAAUUUAUCAGAGUCGAUAACCGAUAUCUUUGGUGCCUGUUUUUUUUUUUUU